UCAACAACCCGACUUCGACAGCAUCUGAUAACGGAAUCGCAGGUGGUCGCCAUAACUAGUCUAGUGAGGCCGUCUGCGACAAUAAAUUGAUUAUCUCUCUCUAUUCCGGAAUCGCUGCCAUAGCUUCUUCCCCCCGCAGUGAAGUGAGUGUGCUUGUUGCGCGCGGGACGCCCCACUUCCCCGCCUCCAAUCGAUCAUGGGGCUGUCCGUGAGGAGAUCGGUGCUCAAUGGCAAGCUAUUCGCCGUUUCUCACAGGCAUAUCCUAUCUACCGAGGAAGCCAAAAGCCAGUCGAGAAGUUACACGGACGGCAAGCGGUCGGGGAACCCAGAGGCUUUGCCGCGGGGUGGGUCAGUUAACAACGUUAGGGACGACAGGGCAGAACUGCAAGAUUUCUACCUUUCGAUCCUCAGUGCAACCGCCAGUCGACGCGAUGCGCGAUCCUACCUCAAGCGCUUUACCCUGCCGCCGGUGACUCGACUCCCUUACGCCGGACUGGCGCCCAGGACCCCAGAGAAACCCGCCCUCUCUCCCAAAGCCUUCAACAAGCCGGAUGAGACACACGUCAAUGGCCCCGCCUACAAUGCCGUCGCUCUGAAGCCUUCGAGCUCUCCCGGGUUGGGCAAUCCGAGGCUCUUUGCUCCCAAGAUCACCGACGAAGAGCUCCACAUUGCGCUCGUCAAAGUCCGGGAUAUCGACAGCAUUGCGGAUGACACUCUUCAAGGCGUGGGUCGCACACUGGAGAGUCUGAAACGGCUAGGCCUCACGGCGGUUGUGGUGCUGGAUGAGCCCGAUAACGGCAGCGGAUGGCGAGCGGAAACGGAUGCACGAGCGGACCGCAUUGUGUCCGCCAUCGAGAAAUCACGGGGAAGGGCCCGACGGAUUGACGAUGCUCUCACCAUUUCGGCCGAAUCCCUCUCGGUCUCCCUUCCUCAGCUCAUUCUGGCCCCAUUAAGCCGCGGCGUGAUACCGAUACUCUCUCCCCGCGCCUUCGAUCCGGUCUCUCACAGGCACGUCGCAGUCGAUGCCAAUGAUAUCAUCAGCACGCUCACCAACCUCUUCUCCUACCGCCCUCCCAGCUCCUCGGAAUCUCCCAUGGCCCAACCCAUCUCCCUGGACCGCCUCAUCUUCCUCGACCCGUUGGGCGGCAUCCCGGCCCCCGAUCGCCCAGCAGGCGCCCACGUCUUCGUCAACAUGCAACAAGAAUAUCCCGAGAUCGCCGCCAAUCUGGAGGCCGACGGUCACCUGCACCACCUAAAGUCACUACAGACGCUGCGCUCCGCACUAGCCGUUCUCCCCCCCACCACAUCAGCCGUGAUCACCACACCCGCAGCGGCUGCCGCCGCAGGCGCGAAGCUCCCGGAACCCAACAGUCCCCGCAUCAAGAACCCCCUGAUCCACAACCUGCUCACCGACAAGCCUAUCUUCUCCUCCUCGCUCCCGACCGCGACCUCGCCCUCCACACAAACCACGCUGCUAAAGCACGGCACGCCGCUGCAAGUAUUCCCCUCCGGCACGAAACUCACCUCCCCAGACGUGGACCUUCGCAAGCUCGUCGCUCUGAUCGAGGACUCAUUCGGCAAGACGCUUGACGUGGCACACUACUUGGCGCGCGUGAACUCGCACAUCGCGGGGCUCAUCAUUGCCGGCGACUACGAGGGCGCCGCAAUCGUCACCUGGGAGACCCCGCCCGGAAAGCCACACGCCCGCGUCUGCUACCUCGAUAAGUUCGCCGUCGCCAAGAGAAGCCAGGGCGUUGGCGGCGUCGCGGAUGUGGUCUUCAAGGCUAUGGCUGCGGGAGUGCGCCCUGGCGGCCUGUUUGAGGGCGUCGAGGGAAUCGUCUGGAGGAGUAGAAGGACGAAUGUCGUUAAUAAAUGGUACUUCGAGCGCGCAAAAGGAACGUGGAAAUUCCCCGGUGCGGGCGAUGCCUGGACGAUGUUUUGGACUACCGAGGAUGUCAAGGUCGGGAUGCAAAGGUUUGCGGAUUACGCGGAUGUGUGUGCGAGUAUUCAGCCGAGUCUGAGGGAUCGGGGAGGGAAAGGAGGGGAGGGAGGGGAGGGAGGUAGGUAG